AUGUCCCUCGUGUCGCUUUCCUUCCUCAGUCGUUCCUCUCUUCCACCCAACCGACGAGACGUUUUUUUCUUCUCCGGAUCGACUCAAUGUAUAUAUCAUCUCAUCUAUCAUUCACAACUAUGUAUGCUCUUCAUAUACACAUUAUAUCUAUCCUUGUCAUCUCCACCCAUUUUGCGCUAUCAACAUCCGCGGGUACAACUACAUCGAUAUCUGCAUCUUGAUACCUUUAUUUUCCAUUUAUUUUUUCCAUCAAUAAUCAUUUCAUAUUCUAUAACCAUUUCAUGUUCAUAA